GCAGAGGCUCCAAAUGCCACCCCGACCGCCUCACCGCAAGGCUGCCGGCGGCAUCUCUCCGGGAGCCGGCCGCUCCCCCGGAUCCGUCCGAGCUCGGCCCGCCUUGGCAGCUCCUCCUCAGCUCCCCCUCUCCCCUCGCAGAAGGCCUUGCCGCCGCUUCUCCCCGACAGCGACCGCCACGUCCCGGAUCCCCCCCCGCGGCCUCCCGCCUCACAGGCCUCAGGGGCGGCCGCCCUGCUCCUGCUCCGGCCCGGCCGCUCUCCCCCGAGCUGCGGCGCCGCGGCGGUGGUGGUGUGGAGUAGGGAGGGGCGGGAGCGCCGGGCCCGGCAGCCGCACCGCGCUGGGGGCCGGCGACUCCUCACCCGCCGCCGCCACGUCGGGCUGCCCGUCUCUGGCAACAUGGCCGCCGCCCGGCGCCGUCGUCACGUGUCCCCUACUUCCCCCGUCACGUGACGCCGGGACCGGAAGCGGCGCGGCCCGGCCUCCCCCCUGUCCCGGUGCCGUGGCCGGGCCGCCGCGGGGGCAGUGGCUGCCAUGAGGUGGCUGCGGGAGGUCGGGCUGCGGCUGCGGCAGCGGGCGCGGGGUGCCGAGGUGCUGCGGGAGACCUGCCGGCAGUACCCGCUCUUCUGCUGCCUUCUCCUGGGGCUGGGCGCCGCCACCCUCCUCCUCAACCGGUAUCUUCACGUUUUAAUGAUCUUCUGGUCGUUUGUGGCUGGUGUCGUCACCUUCUACUGCUCGUUGGGGCCGGAUUCCCUCUUGCCCAAUAUUCUUUUUACAAUAAAAUAUAAACCCAAGCAAUUAGAGUUGCCGGAGCUAUUUCCCCACGGUCACAGUUGUGCUGUAUGUGGCAAGGUCAAAUGCAAGAGACACAGACCUACUUUGCUUCUGGAAAACUAUCAGCCGUGGCUGGAUCUGAAAGUGCCUUCUAAGGUUGAUGCAUCACUGUCAGAGGUGCUUGAAUUGGUGCUGGAAAACUUUAUUUAUCCAUGGUACAGAAACAUUACUGAUGAUGAAUCCUCAGUGGAUGAACUGAGAGGCACGCUGCGGUUUUUUGCAUCUGUGUUAGUUCGGAGAAUUCACAAGGUGGAUAUUCCAACCGUUGUAACAAAGAAAAUGCUCAAGGCAGCAAUGAAACACAUCGAAGUGAUAGCCAAGGCCAGGCAGAAAGUAAAAAAUGCAGAAUUUUUACAGCAAGCUGCUUUAGAAGAGUAUGGGCCAGAACUCCAUGUUGCUUUGAGAAGCCGAAGAGAUGAACUGCACUACUUAAGAAAACUUACUGAACUUCUUUUUCCUUAUAUUUUGCCCCCUAAGUCAACAGAAUGCAGAUCCCUGGCUCUUCUGAUAAGAGAGAUUCUGCCUGGUUCUGUUUUCCUUCCCUCAAUGGAUUUCUUAGCUGAUCCUGACACUGUCAACCAUUUGCUACUGAUCUUUAUUGAUGAUAGUCCACCUGAGAAAGCAACUGAACCUACUUCUUCACUGGUUCCAUUCCUUCAGAAAUUCGCAGAGCCAAGAAAUAAAAAACCAUCUGUCCUGAAACUGGAGCUAAAGGAGAUCAGAGAUCAGCAAGACCUUUUAUUUCGGUUUAUGAACUUCCUGAAACAGGAAGGGGCAGUCCACGUGCUGCAGUUCUGCUUGACUGUAGAGGAAUUCAAUGACCGAAUUUUGCGACCGGAGCUAUCAGAUACUGAAAAGAUGUCACUUCAUGAGGAAGUACAGAAAAUUUACAAAACUUACUGUUUGGAUGAAAGCAUUGACAAAAUUAGAUUUGACCCUUUUAUUGUGGAAGAGAUUCAAAGAAUUGCUGAAGGUCCAUAUCUGGAUGUUGUGAAACUUCAAACUAUGAGGUGUCUUUUUGAAGCUUAUGAGCAUGUCCUUUCUCUACUUGAGAAUGUUUUUACUCCUAUGUUCUGUCACAGUGAUGAGUACUUCAGACACCUUUUAAGAGGAGCAGAGUCACCAACACGCAAUUCAAAGUUUAACAGAAGUAGCCUGAGUUUGGAUGACUUCCGGACCACACAGAAGAGAGGGGAAUCAUUUGGAAUAAGCAGAAUAGGUAACAAAAUAAAAGGUGUAUUCAAGAGUUCUGCAAUGGAAGGAGCGAUGUUGCCUAACUAUAACUUAAAUGAAGGGGAAGAUGACUUUAUUGAAGAAGGCGUUAUGGUGAUGGAAGAUGAUUCUCCUGAGGAGGCUGUUAGUACGCCGAAUACACCCCGCAACCUUGCUGCAUGGAAAAUUAGCAUCCCAUAUGUAGAUUUUUUUGAGGAUCCCUCUUCGGAAAGAAAAGACAGAAAGGAGAGAAUUCCUGUGUUCUGCAUUGAUGUAGAGAGAAAUGACAGAAGGGCAGUUGGGCAUGAACCUGAACACUGGUCUGUCUACAGGAAGUAUCUUGAAUUUUAUGUGCUUGAGUCAAAGCUAACGGAAUUUCACGGUACAUUUCCUGAUGCUCAGCUUCCCUCAAAGAGAAUCAUUGGCCCCAAGAACUAUGAGUUCUUAAAAUCCAAGAGAGAGGAGUUUCAGGAAUAUCUGCAGAAACUUCUGCAACAUCCAGAACUAAGUAACAGCCAGCUUUUAGCUGACUUUCUGUCCCCUAAUGGAGGAGAGACUCAGUUUCUUGAUAAAAUGUUGCCUGAUGUGAAUCUCGGUAAAAUUAUAAAAUCUGUUCCAGGAAAGCUGAUGAAAGAGAAAGGUCAGCAUUUGGAGCCAUUCAUCAUGAAUUUUAUCAACUCCUGUGAAUCUCCCAAGCCUAAACCAAGUAGGCCUGAACUUACCAUUUUGAGUCCCACUUCUGAAAACAACAAGAAGCUUUUUAAUGAUUUAUUCAAGAAUAAUGCAAACCGGUCUGAGAAUACAGAAAGACGACAAAAUCAGAACUACUUCAUGGAAAUGAUGACUGUAGAAGGAGUCUAUGACUACUUAAUGUAUGUUGGUAGGGUAGUCUUCCGCAUUCCUGACUGGCUGCAUCACCUCCUGAUGGGAGGAAGAAUUCUCCUCAAAAAUACCUUGGAAUUGUACACAGACUAUUACUUGCAUUAUAAGUUAGAACAGCUAUUUCAGGAGCAUCGUUUGGUUUCUCUCAUCACGCUGCUGCGAGAUGCCGUGUUCUGUGAGAACACCGAACCCCGCUCCGUCCAGGAUAAACAGAAGCGAGCAAAGCAGACUUUUGAAGAAAUGAUGAGAUACAUUCCAGAUUUAAUAGGCAAGUGCAUCGGGGAAGAGGCUAAAUACGAAGGCAUCCGGCUUCUGUUUGACGGAAUGCAGCAGCCGGUGCUCAACAAACAGUUAACUUAUGUUCUGCUGGACAUUGGGAUCCAAGAACUCUUUCCAGAGCUCAGUAAGGGGCCGAAGGAAGCCAGCUCUGUGUCAUCUUGGAUGUGAACGCAAGGACCUUGCUGGACAGGAACAGACAGUAGAAACAUCUGCUGUGCACGGUUGUAAUGGACAUGUGACGUUUUCACCUUGCAUUGUAUAUUUUCUUGUAAAUAACAUGAAAUUUAAGUUCUAAAAAAUCUCUUUAUGCAAUAAAGACAUUAAAAUUUAAUACCAA